UAAUGGGGGGGGGGGGGGGGGGGAUCUCAAACUUUGUUUCCUUAGCUGGUGUAACCCUGAGUACCCAGGGUUCACCCUGUUUAACCCUGGGGGUUGGAUAGGACUCUCAGGGUUACACAAACUAAGGGGAAAAAACGUGUGUGUUUGUUUUAGUUAGCGGGACAGUCCUUGGACAAGUUGUGCUGUUGGAGAAUGCACGUAAUUUCCACCCUUCCCUAGUGAGGAAUAAACUGAAACAUAGAAUUAUGGUGAAAAAAGGGUGGUGCCAGGAGAUUUUGAAAUGGUGUCAAACCAUGCUAUAAUUGCGUGUGUCCUUUUGGCCCUUUUCGUAUUUCUUCACACAAUGUCUGCAUGUCAAUAUGCUCAAUACCCAGUUUAGUUGACUUGUUAGUUCUGGAACUAGCUGUUAGGCCUAUUGAACACAAGUCUUAUCUACAAGAGCGAGGACACGGAGCAGCAGAUCAUUAGGGAAACCUUCCAUCUGGUGUCCAAACGAGACGAGAACGUCUGUAACUUCCUGGAAGGAGGCAUGUUGAUUGGCGGGUCUGAAAACAAACUUAUCUACAGACACUACGCCACACUUUACUUUGUGUUUUGUGUUGACUCCUCGGAGAGUGAACUUGGAAUUUUAGACCUAAUCCAGGUGUUUGUGGAAACUCUGGACAAAUGCUUUGAGAACGUCUGUGAGCUGGAUUUAAUUUUCCAUGUAGACAAGGUCCACAACAUUCUGGCAGAGAUGGUGAUGGGUGGCAUGGUUCUGGAGACCAACAUGAACGAGAUCAUCAUGCAGGUGGACGCCCAGAACAAGAUGGAGAAAUCGGAGUUCUUUCCAUUCUUUUCUCUCUUUGCAGACGUUUAUCUUUCAGUCUACCAGGCAGGACAGGUAGACACAGGCCGGCAUCGCAGGGGCGCCCGCACGCGCCGUAUCCGCCGUAAAGAACAUGAAUCUCCCCGAAAUGCCCAGAAACAUCAACAUUGGAGACAUCAGCAUAAAAGUGCCAAACUUACCCUCCUUCAAAUAGCGGCAGCAAGAUGGCUACCCCGGCCCGCAGACGUCCACCAGUGUUUACUGUGAUGCAAUUUGUUUACCAAAACCUCACGUCACAAAGUUUUUAUUCAACAUAUACGAGUAUUGAAGGUACUGCGUGAAGCAAAAGAUUUCCUCUAUCAUGUUUUUCCUUUUUAGUUUUUUUGGUUUGUCCUGUUUUAAAAUGAAUGUCCUCUAUGUGGCUUGUUGGUUUGAGAGAGAAGAUGGAAGUAUUUAUUGAACUGUAGUACAUUCCUCUGCCCCCACCCCUCACAGGCACUCUUUAACGAUCAGCUGAUUUGGACCUGGAGAUCUAUUGAAAUGUUUAUUUUUGUUUGGUUACUUGUAUGUCUCUGCCUGUAUGAAGAUCAAGGUUUUUAGUGGGAAGUGUUUUCUGGAGUAUAGGGACCAUCUGGUUGGUUUGGUUGUGCCAGAACAUAGCAAUCAUUCCAUUCAUCGUUCACGGUGUGGAACCGAAUUCAAUGGCAAAGUGAAACAGUAUUGUUGAAAUGGUUUGUAAAAUCAAAACAAACUGUGAAAGAAUAUUCUUAUAUUAAAAUAAUGCUGUAUGAUGGUCAUUAUUACUGUA